AUGCGCCUGCUUCGCAUUGUCCCCCUGCUGGCGCUCAGCUCGGUGGUAACGGCAGAGUCGGCUUCAACUCCCCCAGAGGCAGAUCUCGUCGCCCGCCAAGUGCCAGCGGCUCAGAUCAACGUCUACUGCAUCACCCAUAGAGCCAUCGCAUCCCCUGCCGAGUUCAAUGCCACUUUCGAAGAAGCAUGCCACAACUACUCCGACCGCGAGUUGCAAGUCGGUGAGGAUGCCACCCACGAGAAGUGCUUCGACGACUACUGCAUCACGACGCUGCUGGUCUUCAAGUGCGGAAACGAGACCUCCACCAGCUCCAUCGACUACGACUCCUGCCGAACGCUCUUUGGCCUUCCAUUCAACCCUUCCCCUGGCUUCUGCCUGAGUGGAGGUUAUGUGGGCAGUCCUGCACCCGGCGCCUGCUGGACCGCUCUCUCACUUGCCACGCCCAAAGAGUCCGAAAACCGGCUACCGGCCCUGUCCGCAAAGUCAUGGCACCGCGUAACAAAGACGAUCAGCGCACGACAGGCGCCUCAGGGAGUUACUGCUUGCGUUCCUGGCGAUUGGCAGUACUCCGUGAGCUAUGCCGACUUCUACCAAGAUGCAUCGGACUUUUGCGAUCGCAUGGUCAAGGAAGAUGUCACUUUGUCCUCUGGAGAAAGCUAUUGGUCGGAAAACGCAUACUGCAACGAUGCAACUUGCCUCAACUUCUACGUCAACUUCUACUGCGCCGCCCCCGGAGGCGGUCCAGCUUAUGGCAACGUCACCUGGAAAGGCUGCAUGGAGUUCUUUUGUCAUCCGUGGUGGGGCUACGCGUUGAGUCCCGAACACGGUCCGUGUGCCGCAUCUCAAGGCAACGUGAUCAAGGGAGGAUGGGUUACUGACGUCAACCCAAACGCCUGCUGGAACUUCAGCUCGCUGGUCCUCGCGCCAUUGUCCGGACAGAACGAGAUGUCGCUCCUGCCGCCAGCAGAACACUACAGGCUCGAGCACAACACAUUUGAAAUCCCGGGCACAGCCAUCAAUAAUGCACUGGUCCCUCGUCAGUCAGGUGAUGGUGGAGUGCUCUGCUCGCAAGAGACGUUCCACGACAUCAUCCACGCUUUCUGCAUGCUCUACGAGUACUGCCCUUUCCUCAACGACGAGCCGUUCAACCUCACGCAGCAUUACGAUGUCUUGGGGCAGGAAGUGACGCUUUCAGUCGCUCACUCUGGUGCUUGUCUUACGGGAGGUAAGGCUGGUCAGGAUACGUGUAUGGAGGCUUUGGAGGGAAUGCUUGCGGGCUACUGUGAGGGUGGAGAUGAUGCCAGGGAUGGCAUGAAGACAGCAGACAACUGCUGGGAUUUCGACAUUGCGGUGGAACCGAGCACUUGA